CCAGUGUGAGUUCAGUGAUGGCCUCUUUCCUUUUCAGUUUUGGAGCUGACCGCAAUGCUGAGCAGGAAAGGGCAGCUGCAGGCCCAGUGACCAGUGGCUGUGUCCUCGCCAGCAUCCUCUUCGUGGAGCUAGGUGGCCGCGUCGGCAGACAGAGCCGCCGAGCCAACUCCUGACGGGUGCUGCUGCGCAGUAGAUGUAAUUUGAAGAAGGAAAAGGAACCCAUGGCUUUAGCGGGCUGCCCUGAUUCCCUUUUGCACCAUCCGUACUACCAGGACAAAGUGGAGCAGAUACCUCACAGUCAGCAGGACCUGGGAAGGCCUGAGUUUCCAGCACAGUCGGAGCGACUCCCCAGGCACCAAGAGGAUGAUGUGGACCUGGAAGCGCUGGUGAAUGACAUGAACGCGUCCCUGGAGAGCCUGUCCUCAGCCUGCAGCAUGCAGUCAGACACGGUGCCCCUCCUGCAGAACGGCCAGCAUGCCCGCAGCCAGCCACGGACCCCCAGCACUCGGCCCCUGCAGCCGCAGGCGUCCCCGAGGCAGAAAGUGCAGCGCUCUCAGCCUGUGCACAUCCUCGCCGUCAGGCGCCUUCAGGAGGAAGACCAGCAGUUCAGAACCUCGUCGUUGCCGGCCAUCCCAAACCCUUUCCCUGAGCUCUGUGGCCCUGGCAGCUCCCCUGUGCUGGCGCCAAGUUCCUUACCUCCGACCCAGGCUGCUGCCAAGCAGGAUGUGAAAGUCUUUAGUGAAGAUGGGACAAGCAAAGUGGUGGAGAUUCUCACAGACAUGACAGCCAGGGACCUGUGCCAACUGCUGGUUUACAAAAGUCACUGUGUGGACGACAACAGCUGGACACUAGUGGAGCACCACCCACACCUAGGACUAGAAAGGUGCUUGGAAGACCACGAGCUGGUGGUCCAGGUGGAGAGCACCAUGGCGAGUGAAAGCAAGUUCUUAUUCAGGAAGAAUUACGCGAAGUAUGAGUUUUUUAAAAAUCCUAUGAAUUUCUUCCCAGAACAGAUGGUUACUUGGUGCCAACAGUCAAAUGGCAGUCAAACUCAGCUUUUGCAGAAUUUUCUCAACUCUAGUAGUUGUCCUGAAAUUCAAGGAUUUUUGCAUGUGAAAGAGCUGGGGAAGAAAUCAUGGAAAAAGUUGUACGUGUGUUUGCGCAGAUCAGGCCUUUAUUGCUCCACAAAGGGGACUUCAAAGGAACCCAGGCACCUGCAGCUGCUGGCUGACCUGGAGGACAGCAACGUCUUCUCGCUGAUCGCUGGCCGUAAGCAGUACAGCGCUCCCACCGACCAUGGGCUGUGCAUAAAGCCAAACAAAGUUCGGAAUGAAGCUAAAGAGCUGAGGCUGCUGUGCGCGGAGGACGAGCAGAGCCGUGUGUGCUGGAUAACAGCGUUCCGGCUCCUCAAGUACGGGAUGCUCCUUUACCAGAACUAUCGAAUCCCUCAGCAGAGGAAGGCCUUGCUGGCCCCGUUCUCCACACCAGUGCGCAGCGUCUCUGAGAACUCCCUUGUGGCAAUGGACUUCUCUGGGCAAACAGGGCGCGUGAUAGAGAAUCCUGCUGAAGCCCAGAGCGCAGCCCUGGAGGAGGGCCACGCUUGGAGGAAGCGAAGCACACGGAUGAAUAUCCUAAGUAGCCAAAGUCCCCUCCACCCUUCUACCCUAAGUACAGUGAUCCACAGGACACAGCACUGGUUUCACGGGAGGAUCUCCAGGGAGGAAUCCCACCGGAUCAUUAAACAGCAAGGGCUUGUGGACGGGCUUUUUCUCCUCCGUGACAGCCAGAGUAAUCCAAAGGCAUUUGUACUCACACUGUGUCAUCACCAGAAAAUUAAAAAUUUCCAGAUCUUACCUUGUGAGGAUGAUGGGCAGAUGUUCUUCAGCCUGGAUGACGGAAACACCAAAUUCUCUGACCUGAUCCAGCUGGUCGACUUUUACCAGCUGAACAAGGGAGUCCUGCCUUGUAAACUCAAGCACCACUGCAUCCGAGUGGCCUUAUGACCUCAGAUGUGCUCUUGCCGUCGGCUGAAGACUGGAGGAAGUUAACACUGGAAAGAAGAAGAGGUCUGUAUGUUGGUUAAGAAAUCACAUCUGUUCUGCACCUUGGGACUCAGAGUGAGAUGGGUUCGUUAGGUGCCAACUGACCAAGAAUGACUAGUUUUGUUGGACUUAAUGACAAUUUGCUGCUGCGAAUCCAGCAGGAUCGCCUACCCUCCCCACCCCCUGCGUUCUUUUGGCUAAAUCCGGGAGGGCAUGGAAGAGCCAGCGUGAAUUUGAGAAUUAAACUGGAAUGAUCAUCUUGGCUGGACCACUGAAGAACAAGAACCGGAAAGAAGUGAUUGGAAGUGAACUCUUGCCCUGGAAUAAUCUUGACAAUUAAAACUGAUAUGUUUACUUUUUGUA